AUGAUGGCCAAACCCACUCAGAGAGGGAAUGGCCCUAACUCAGAGGCCUUACGACAGCGCUUCAGGAAAUUUCAUUACCAGGAGGCAGCUGGGCCCCGGGAGGCUUUCAGCCAGCUCUGGGAACUUUGUUGUCGGUGGCUGAGGCCCGAGGUGCGCACCAAGGAGCAGAUUGUAGAGCUGUUGGUGCUAGAGCAGUUCCUGACCAUCUUACCUGGGGAGAUCCAGAAGUGGGCCCAGGAGCAAUGUCCGGAAAGUGGAGAGGAGGCUGUGGCUCUGGUGGAAGAUUUAGAAAGAGAGCCUGGAAGACCGGGACUUUCGGUCACAGUCUCUGUGAAGGGGCAGGAAGUACGCUUGGAGAAGAUGACACCCCUGAAAUCAUCACGGGAGUUAUUAAGUGUUCGGCAGGAGUCAGUGGAACCUCAGUCCAGGGGUGUACCCAAGAAAAAGAGGGCAAGAAGCCCAGUCCUGGGACCACAGGAGCAGAUGAACACAAAGGAGAAGCUCAGACCUUUUCAAAGGAGCGGGUUUCCAUUUCCUAAAUCUGGUGUGGUCUCCAGGUUGGAGCAAGGAGAGCCUUGGAUCCCAGAUCUGGGCUCCAAGGAAAAGGAACUCCCAAGAGGCAGUGUCACAGGAGACAGACAAAUGCAUGCUGACCUGUUACCAUCCAGGAGAGAGAAAAGCAGCUGGGUGGGUCAGGAUCACUGGGGCUUUGAGGAUGAGAAGGUGGCAGGUGUGCACUGGGGCUAUGAAGAGACCAGAACUCUCCUCGCAAUUCUCAGUCAGACUGAGUUUUAUGCGGCUCUCCGAAACUGUCAUCGAAACAGCCAAGUAUAUGGGGCUGUGGCUGAGCGGCUCCGGGAGUAUGGCUUCCUCCGGACCCUGGAACAGUGUCGGACCAAGUUCAAAGGUCUCCAGAAGAGCUAUAGGAAAGUCAAGAAUGGCCACCCACUUGAGACCUGCCCCUUUUUUGAAGAGAUGGAAGCCCUGAUGAGUGCUCAGGUCAUUGCCCUGCCCAGUAAAGGUCUGGAAGAAGCAGCCUCUCGCUCUGGCCUGGCAAGCAGUGAUGCUGAGACUAAGGAGCCAGAGCCCGGGAGUUGGCAGCAUGAGGAGGGAGCAGAAGAGGCCACAGCAGAAGAGUCUGACAGUGAUGAAAUGGGUGAGAAAGCCACCCCCCCGGACCCCAACAAUUCAACUGCACCUGUCCUUUACCGAAGCCCAAGUGGUGUACACUGGGGCUAUGAAGAGACGAAAACUUACCUUGCAAUUCUUAGUGAGACUCAGUUUUAUGAAGCUCUUCAGAACUGUCACCGCAACAGCCAGUUGUACGGAGCAGUGGCUGAGCGGUUAUGGGAAUAUGGAUUCCUUAGGACACCAGAGCAAUGUCGGACCAAGUUUAAAAGCCUACAGACCAGCUACCGGAAAGUCAAGAAUGGCCAAGCACCAGAGACCUGUCCCUUCUUUGAAGAGAUGGAUGCUUUGGUGAGUGCUCGGGUUGCUGCCCCACUCAGUGAUGUCCAGGAGGAAGACACAGCCUCUUGCCCCAUCCAGGAGACCAGUGAGGCUGAAACUGAGAAGCAAGCUGAGGAGGCAGAAGAGGCCUCAGAAGAAGAUUCUGAGGAUGAUGAAGAGGAUACUGAGCUACCCCCAGGUGCUGUCAUCACGCGUGCUCCAGUCUUAUUCCAGAGCCCCAGUGGUUUUGAGGCUGGAUUUGAGAAUGAAGAGAAUCUAAAACGGGAUAUUUCUGAGGAAGUACAACUACAUAGGACAUUACUUGCAAGGUCUGAAAGGAAAAUUUGCCGGCACCUUAAUCAUGGUAAAGGCAGUGAGACUGAAUGUAGAUCAGGAAGACACUGGAAGAGAACCCCAGGAGAAAGAAGAAGAAAACCCACACUCCCAGAGAGGAGUUUGAAUAAAGUUUUAAGUCAUCAGAAACCUUACUUGGGAGAGAAACCCAAUAAAUAUCUUAGAUAUGGCAAAAGCUUUGGUCCAAACUCCCACCUCAUGCAUCAAAUAACACAUCAAGUGGAAAACCCAUAUAAAUGUACUGACUGCGGAAAAAGCUUCAGUCGGAGUGCGCGCCUCGUUAGACACUGGAGAAUCCACACUGGAGAGAAACCUUAUAAGUGUCUUGACUGUGGGAAAUGUUUCCGUGACAGUUCAAAUUUCAUCACCCAUAGGAGAAUCCACACAGGAGAGAAACCCUAUCAAUGCAGUGAGUGUGGAAAACGUUUCAACCAGAGCUCAAGCCUUAUCAUUCACCAGAGAACCCACACGGGAGAAAAGCCCUAUCAGUGUGAAGAGUGCGGGAAAAGCUUCAAUAACAGUUCUCAUUUUAGUGCGCAUCGGAGGAUACACACAGGAGAGAGACCCCACGUGUGUCCUGACUGUGGAAAGAGUUUCAGUAAGAGUUCUGAUUUGCGUGCACAUCAUAGAACCCACACGGGAGAGAAACCCUAUGGGUGUCAUGAUUGUGGCAAGUGCUUCAGUAAAAGCUCUGCUCUGAAUAAGCACAGAGAAAUCCAUACACGAGAAAAACUUCUGAAACAAUCAAUGCCUAAGUAA